GAGCUAGGGUUUAUGGUCGCCCUAGCUCUUUGUUUCGCAGGUGCAGCCGAGUGAGAAGACCAGCUCCAACGUCGGCGCCGAGAUCUACGAUACCACAACUCCAACAUGGCUAGAGGUUUGAAGAAACAUUUGAAGAGGCUUAAUGCGCCAAAGCAUUGGAUGCUUGACAAACUUGGGGGUGCAUUUGCUCCCAAGCCAUCGUCUGGGCCCCACAAAUCGAGGGAGUGCUUGCCCUUGAUUCUCAUCCUGAGGAACAGGUUGAAGUAUGCACUCACAUACCGUGAGGUCAUUGCCAUUCUGAUGCAACGACAUGUUUUGGUUGAUGCGAAGGUUAGGACUGAUAAGACCUACCCUGCUGGCUUCAUGGAUGUUGUAUCAAUUCCCAAAACAAACGAGAACUUCCGUCUCCUUUAUGAUACCAAGGGUCGGUUCCGUCUGCACUCAAUUAGGGAUGAAGAGGCAAAGUUCAAGCUCUGCAAGGUCCGGUCUGUGCAGUUUGGGCAGAAGGGAAUCCCCUAUCUCAACACCCUUGACGGGCGAACUAUCCGCUAUCCUGACCCAAUUAUUAAGGCUAAUGACACCAUCAAGCUGGACUUGGAGACUGGCAAGAUCACCGAUUUCAUUAAAUUUGAUGUUGGAAAUGUUGUCAUGGUGACUGGUGGAAGGAACAGAGGCCGUGUUGGAGUCAUUAAGAACAGGGAGAAGCAUAAGGGAACCUUUGAGACUGUUCACAUCCAGGAUUCCACAGGUCAUGAGUUUGCCACCCGUCUUGGAAAUGUGUACACCAUUGGCAAGGGCACAAAGCCAUGGGUCUCUCUCCCCAAGGGCAAGGGUAUAAAGUUGUCAAUCAUUGAAGAGGCAAAGAAGAGGCUUCAAGGCCAACAGACUACUGCUGCUUAAAUAUUGUUGUGGUUCCAUUAUAGUUUUAGAAGAUUACUUAGGUGAAGUUUACUCUUGCAAUUUGACCCCUCUAGCUUGGAUUGUGUUUUAUUUGAAUUUUGCGCUACUUGUUUUUGGACAGUCCUAUGAGUUGCAAUAUUUAUGCCUAAUUUUGUUUUGCACUACAAUGGGAAGUAUCAGACUAUUUUGAUCAGUUUACUGUGUGUUGGAAAAUUUUAUCUACAGGUCUUGUUAA